AGUAACUAAAGCAAUUCGAUGACCGGUUCGGUUUUCAGAACCUUGCAAACCAGUCUCUCUAGUCUCCCCUUUCAAUUUCACUGCAGAGCGGCAGAGGUUGUACCAAAGCUCUUCCCAUUCUUCCUUGAAAACCCUAGUUUUCAUCGCGCCGCCGGUGGCCUCACCAUCGCCGCCUGGUUCAUCGUGGUUGUUCGCCGUUCCUCCUGGUUUAUCUUGCUCGAAGGCCCCUGCCGUUCGCCCAACGCCAGCGUCUCCAGGUUCUGCUCCGCCGUCUUCCAUCCGUCGUGUUCAUCGCCAGCUCACCAGCGUUCGUGGCCAGAUCCCCGUCGUCCGUCGCCAGCUCGCCAGUGUUCGUUGCCAGCUUCCCGUCGUCCGUCGCUCUCCCGCAAAUCUCUGGUCACUGCCCUCGCCGAAGGCAAUGCCUCGGAUGCUCAGUUAGUGCUCACUGCUUCUUGAUAAAUUUCAAUUCUGUUACUGGCUUACUAGCUUGUUCUUACUUGUUCUAGAUGGUUUACAUACAUUUGGCAUAACAUGCACUUGAACAAAUGGGAUCAAGCAGCUUUCUGUGGAAUUUUACCAAGAAGUUUGUCACAUUUGGGAUCAUUACUGUUACUGUGUCUGAUCGUUAUGUAACAGUGGUUCCAGUUCGGGGUGGCUCUAUGUCUCCCACACUUAAUCCAAAAACCAGCUCUUUUGCAGGAAACUUCUCUGAUGAUUAUGUCUUGGUUGAGAAGUUUUGCAUUGACAAAUACAAAUUUUCACAUGGAGAUGUUGUGGUCUUCAGUUCCCCAUUGAAUCACAAGGAGAGACACAUAAAGAGAAUAGUUGCAUUAUCUGGUGAAUGGUUUAGUAGUCGUCAGAACUAUGAUGUGUUGAAGGUUCCAGAAGGACAUUGUUGGGUUGAGGGAGAUAAUGCGGCUUUUAGCAUGGAUUCAAAGUUAUUUGGAUCUAUUCCUUUGGGCCUCAUACGAGGAAGGGUGACCCAUGUUGUGUGGCCUCCACAAAGAAUAGGCGCCAUCCAGAGUCCUCCACGAGAAGGAUUAUCUUCUUUAUAGUUGGAUCCUGAUGAUGCUGUUGCCAGGCCUCCUCAAAGUGCAGAAUUUUGUGAGGAGAAUCCUUCUUGGAGUAUUCUUUUCUCUUCCCUAAUUUUGUUUUAAUCGGACACAGAAACCAUUCUUUGCUCCAUUUGUUUCGCUUUGCGGAGGAGAGUUACUAUAAUUCAUUUGUUAAUUGGAUUAUAGUAUAACCGUUUAACCCUUCAAUUUUUUUAUUUUUAUUUUUCCCGGAACCGAGCAAUUAAUCAAAAUAGAAAUGAGAUGAAUGAUAUGUUGCUCGUUUUUUAGCAGAAGAGAUUAAGAUGGUAAUGUUCAAAAUUGAUACUUCUAGUC